UUUUUCUUCUUCUUCUUCUUCGUCUUUUUCUCCCAAAUCAAACCAAAAUUCACCUCUUCGAUCGUUAUCAACUACAAUUCCACUCAGAUUCUACUCAUUUUCUCAAAAAAUGGACUCAUCGGAUGAUGAAGGAGAGGAGUAUCUGUUCAAAGUAGUGAUAAUCGGAGAUUCAGCUGUCGGCAAAUCAAAUCUGCUCUCCAGAUACUCCAAGAAUGAAUUCAACAUGCACUCUAAAUCCACCAUCGGAGUCGAAUUUCAAACUCAAACCAUGGAGAUCGACGGCAAGGAGGUUAAAGCUCAGAUUUGGGACACCGCCGGUCAAGAACGCUUCCGCGCCGUCACCUCCGCUUACUACCGCGGUGCUGUCGGUGCGCUCAUCGUUUACGAUAUCUCCCGUAGCACUACUUUCGAUAGCGUCACCAGAUGGCUUGAAGAACUCAAAACUCAUUCGGAUACAACAGUGGUGAGGAUGUUGGUUGGGAAUAAAUGUGAUUUGGGGAAUAUUCGAGCUGUAAGCGUUGAAGAUGGGAAAAAACUUGCUGAAAACGAAGGGUUGUUCUUCAUGGAAACGUCUGCACUUGAUUCAACUAACGUGAAAACAGCUUUCGAGUUGGUGAUUAAAGAGAUCUACAACAAUGUUAGCAGGAAAGUAUUGAAUUCUGAAUCAUAUAAAUCUGAAUUGUCCAUGAAUAGGGUAACCCUUGACAAUAGGGGUGACGAUGAUGGAUCAAAGCAAAAUCAAAGCAGAUCCUCUUGUUGUUCUUGAAUCUUUGAGUAGUUAAGAACUAAGGCAAAAAAAUGAGGUCUUUCAUGAGUUGUAUCUAUGUUUAUACUUUAUAG